AUUAGCGCUUGUUGUAGACGGUUGGGUAUAGCAAUUUGAACAGUGAACAUGUCGGAGGGCGAAUCAAAGUUUGGUUUCAAGGAUAUGGAGAAGGCGUUGGAUACGCUAAAGCUGCUGGAGAGCCAUGAUAUGCAGUACCGCAAGCUUACUGUCCGUGGUCUACUCGGACGUGCUAAGCGCGUGCUCACACUCACAAAAGCAGCGGAUAAGCUGAAAAAUAUCAAUGACGCCAUUGGCGUGUUUGAGAAAUGGUUGGAAGAGAAUGGGGGUAGUGCGUCCAAUAAGAAUGCCAAGACUGAUGCAGAGGACAAGGUGGAAACAGUGCCUGGCCUGGGUUUCAAGGACAAGGAAGCAGCACUUGCUACUCUAAGCAUUUUGGAGGGUCGCGAUCCGGACUAUCAAAAGCUGGCUAUUAAAGGUCUUAUUGGCAGCUCAAAGCGUGUGCUUUCCGGCACCAAAAACGAGGACAAAAUCAGUGCCAUCAAUGAGGCCGUAACAGUGCUGGAAGACUUUCUGGAGAAGUUUGAUGCAGAGAAUCGCAUUAAGGACAAUCGUGCUUAUCUUUCCUAUGAUAUUAUCAGUAAACUUCCCGCACCCAAUGAUGAACUGUCAGCUGAGUUCCUAGCUGCUUAUGGCGGCGCUAAGGCCAAAGGCAACUAUAAGCAUUUGCGCACAAUGUAUCCAAAGGACAACGAAACUAGCUGGGACAUAGUACGCAAUCGUCAAAUUGCCAAGUUAAUGGAGCAAAUCAAGAACGAGGAUGCCAAGUUGUUUGAUGCGGAAACAGGUGCACCUAGUGACUUGCAUCUGCAGCUUAUACACUGGGCUUACACUCCACAGCUGGACAAGCUUAAGAGUUAUGCGGCAAAGCAAUCCAAGAAGACACCCGAGAAACGCAAGCUGGAGAGCAGCGGCAGCAGCAGCGAGGACGAUUCCAGCAGCGACGCAGCUUCCGAGGAGGCGUCUGUGCCAAAGAAGAAAAAGAAGAGCGAGUGAUUUAACGAACAGAAAACGGCAAAUACUUUAUUUAACUUGACCCAACUAGAACGCGUUUACAAUUGAGUAAUGAACGCACUAUUUUUUAAAUGAACUUACAUACAUAAAUACUAUGUUUGUUUUCAUCAUAAUACUGCUAUACAACUAUUAACCAAAUAUAAGACAGUUUUAUGUAUUUUA